GACAAGUGCAACAUAGAGAGGGAUGAGAGAAGAUGGGAGAUCGAACAGGGUGAGGUCAGGUCUUUUAUAUCAGGGCGACAAAGAGUAUUGUAUUGGGGCACCAAACUGGAAGAGGUAAAACUAACCAAAACAGGUAAUUUACCGGUCCUCAUUUUACGGAAAUAAAUAAAAACGAUCUCCCAUCUCUCUCCAACAUCAACACAACUUUCCAUCUUCCCUGCAUCUCUCACUUCCACAAUUCGAUUUCCUGGAACAUGGAGAAACGCACAGCGGAGAGUCCGAUGGACUUUGAAUGGCAGUCCCGUGCUCCUGGGGAUACGUCGUCGCCGUUCUAUCAGCUCAGCAGCAUGCACCAGAAGAAGCGCACCCAUAGUGUGUUCGAUUCGCCGACGAAGAAGCCUACACCGUCUCUACGGGAACCAAACUCGCAACCUUUCCUCUUCUCGCUCCCCCCAUCACAGCCUCCCAAGUCGAUCUUUGGCCAACCAGCUUUCACGACUCCGCGCAAGAUCGAUCUAGACUUCUCCUCUGGUGCUGAGAACAUGUCCUCUCCCGAAGCCGACGAUGAUACACCCGAGCAGCCGUCGAAGACAGAACGACAGAAUUCGCUAUUCAACUUCUCCGCCCGGUUCCCACCAAGCCCUGGCAGGGGUGAAAUCCCGCGUAUAAACAACUAUUCCAACGCAGUGGCUCGGCGGAUCCAGAAGAGGCGACAGAGAGAUAGGGAACUUGAUAGACGUCUACGGCGGGGCAGCGAGACGGGCAGUGAUCGACCCGGCAGCAGCGAAGGACGGUCAACGGCAGGAUCAUUGCCCAGGGGCGAAGGAAAAUCGACAUCACGGUUAUCUUCGUUUGGGGAUUUCUUUGCCCUGCUUGAGGCUCACCCCAACAUUCCAAAUAUCCUCUCUUGGUGGGCCCAGCUGAUCGUGAACUUGACGCUCUUCUCGUUGGCUGUCUAUGUGGUGCUUACGUUUGUGUCUGCUAUUCGAACCGAGUUCGAUCAUGCGGCCGAAGAGAGGUCUGAUCUGAUCGUGGCUGAAAUGGCUGUGUGUGCGAAAAACUACGUUGAUAACAGGUGUGCUGGGGGAGAUCGCCUACCUGCGCUGGAAACUGUGUGCGAGAACUGGGAACGUUGCAUGAACCGUGAUCCAGCCAAGGUUGGACGGGCGAAACUCUCAGCACGCACCAUGGCCGAGAUCAUCAAUAACUUCAUUGAUCCUAUCAGCUGGAAAGCGAUUGUAGGUUAUAUUUUGUCCUCUUCUCCGUGCAGCCUUUUCCUGUUGUAUCCCCAAGCUGACCGCGUUUCCUGAAGCUCUUUUUCAUAGCGACGCUGGCUACUGUGACAGCAGUCAGCAAUUGGUCCUUCUGCUCCUUCAGACAGCGCCUGAACCAACGCGACUACGCCCAUCAUGCCACUAGUUUCCCCAACCACCCAUCAGGCCAGCAUCAUCCACCAAUGUAUUCGCAGCAGAUUCCGUACCAGAGCAUGCCAGGCUUUGGAUACUUUGGACGCCAGGAGCAAGACCAGGAGCUUCCCCAGCCUAAUCCUACUCGGGCCCCGAGCCUUCAAAAAGACACUCAGGAGGAGCCUCUGAUGAUCGAGUCGUCCCGUCAGUUGGAAUUUGUUACCGAUAGGAGCCGGGAGAGGAAAAGUCGCCUGCGAACACCCAGUCCUUCGAAGCGGGAGCGGAAAUUUCUGUGACGGUGGAGGUCCGUUGUGUAAUAAUCAUGGCACGGCGCAUUGGUUUUGGAUAACACUGGCGGGCAGCGGUUUUGUAUUAUUCUUCAUGAGUAUAGCUUCACUCUUGUUAGCUUGGUGUUUUGGCGAUUUGGAGAUAACUACGAAUUGUACUUGGUCAGUCCGCCUCGAGGCGUUUGUCUAUAUAAUCCUAGUCCUAGUUGUGGGCCAACUUGCCUUCUACCUGUUGCAUCUUCCAUGGUCCAAAACCGUACACAGGAUUUUGAAAGUCUUAGCAUAUAUCAUAACAGUAUUCUUG